AAUUGGUCUGAAUACGUGGAGAGGGAGGGGGAUGCGAGAAGUCGCCGGCAAAGAUAGGUCGGGUGAUAUUUACAGAGUGAAAUACUGACGGAGAGAAAGAGACUGAUAAAUAGCAUCGAUGGCAUAUUGCUGGUCAGUUUAGUCUUUGCUGCUCCAUAGCUCAUUCUCUAUCCGAUCGCCACGUGUCUUUCUGAUCCCGGUUCGUCGGGUCCGAGCCGAAAUCAGCGGCACCGACCUCAUUUCUCCGGAGAUCCUUCCGGUUUUAGUCUCUACGUUUCAGCUGCACGACGCUCGUAAAGAUAAAGAGGAAGUGAUUGAGAGUUAGACGGAGCGUUUUUGCGUCGUGGAUGGGCCAUGGCCGAGUCCUUGACGAUAAGUGGUGUGGUGAAGGAGAACAAAGUAUGGAAAGGGGUUUUUGCAGUGAGUGGGAUCAUGACCACUCUCGUGAUUUAUGGCGUUUUACAGGAAAAGAUCAUGAGAAUCCCAUAUGGGUUGAACAAAGAAUAUUUUAAAUACUCCUUGUUUCUUGUUUUCUGCAAUCGUCUCACAACAUCUUCCGUUUCUGCUAUUGCAUUGUUGGCAAGUAAGAAAGCGUUGGAUCCUGUAGCUCCUGUUUACAAGUACUGCCUUAUAUCAGUAUCAAAUAUCCUAACCACAACUUGCCAGUAUGAGGCCCUCAAGUAUGUUAGCUUCCCAAUUCAGACUCUGGCGAAGUGUGCCAAAAUGAUACCUGUCAUGAUAUGGGGCACCAUCAUUAUGCAAAAAAGAUACAAGGGAUUUGACUAUUUGUUGGCCUUUUUGGUGACCCUUGGUUGUUCAAUAUUUAUUCUUUUUCCGGCAGGAACUGACAUCAGUCCAUACAAUAAGGGAAGGGAAAACACUGUAUGGGGUGUUUCCCUGAUGGUCGGUUAUCUGGGGUUUGACGGCUUUACCAGCACAUUUCAAGACAAACUAUUUAAAGGGUAUAAUAUGGAAAUACACAAUCAAAUAUUCUACACAACUUUGUGUUCGUGUGUUCUCAGCUUUGCAGGCCUUAUAUUACAGGGACAUUUACUACUGGCUGUAGAUUUUGUUUAUCACCAUAAGGAUUGUUUCUUCGACAUUGCAUUACUUUCCACUGUAGCAACAGCUAGUCAAUUCUUCAUUUCUUACACAAUUCGCACAUUUGGCGCUCUCACAUUCGCCGCCAUUAUGACCACAAGACAGUUGGUGAGCAUCAUGCUAUCAUGUGUGUGGUUUUCCCACCCUCUCAGCUGGGAACAGUGGAUUGGUGCAGUCGUCGUCUUUGGCUCACUGUAUGCAAAAAAUCUCAUGCGUAAUAGAUCAGAAAAGGUCCCACAACCAGCAGAAGAGUCACAACAAGAUGAAGCUUCUAUUCCUUUGAAGGAGAACCCUUAACCGGAGACCUUUCUGGCAACCAACAUACGUUGCAUUUGUUGAACUUGCAUACAUAUUAUGAUGAUUAAGACACAGCUUUAACAUAACUACAUUGCUAAGUUUGUGAUUACAAACUCAAUCCACUUACAGAAGCAAGUGGUCUCUACCAGCAGUGAGUUGAUAGCAUAGAGUUGAAAAGCUUUUUUUUUUUUUUUCAAAAAAAAAAAUUAAACUAUCUAGUUUGUCUAAGAACCUAAACUGUAAUUUAACCAACAUAGUUGCUCUUCUUUUUUGUUCUCUUUCAUUUCCGAUCUUUGAUUAAUAUUUUCCUUCAAUGAACAUAACGAGGAAUUGAUGGAGGAAUUGAUGUUAUUA